AUGGGAGGGGUUGCUCAACAGUCAGAUAUGGAGUUCAGAGGACAUAAGUGGCAUAAUUCUCGCACUCAAGCUGAGCUACUAUCAUCUCCCUUCACAUCUAAAGCAAUUGUUUGCAUAUUGCUCCUUGUAUCCAAGGACCAUCAGUUUGAUAAGAACAAACUUGUCCUAAAGUGGAUGGCACAAGGGUUUCUGUCCCAAACAAGAGGCAACAAAUCAAUGGAGAUUUUGGGUCAUGGGUAUUUCGAAGAGCUGCAGUUAAGGUGUUUUUUUCAGCCUUUUACUAAUGAUAAAUCACGAUACACAAUGCAUGACUUAAUCAAUGACUUGGCCAUAAGCAUUGCAGGAAAGUUUUUCUUUGCGUUGGAUGAUAAGUUUGAUACAAAUGGCCAGAACAAAGAUUUGGAGAAGUUUUGUCACUUUUCAUUCGUAGACCAAGGAAGCCUUGAAUAUACAGGGUUCAAAGAACUACAUAGAGCUAGAUGCCUGCGAACAUUUUUACUUAUGGGUUUUUCGGCAAGACUCAAUAGAUUGGACAAUGUUAUUGUCAAAUCACUAACUCGAUUAAAAUUCCAAAGGGGUUUGAGCUUAGCUAGUAGUUCAAUAACAAAGGUACCACAAUCCGUUGGUAAUCUUAAGCAUUUACGAUACCUAAAUGUUUCUAAAACCAGCAUCAAACACUUGCCAAAACAAGUCGGUAAACUUUAUAAUCUUCAAAGUUUGUUGGUUCGUGGUGUCGUAAAUUAUCUAGCUUCAGGUAACGGUUUUAAGUUAUCCGAGCUUAAGGGCCUCUUGGAUCUCCAAGGUGAACUUUCCAUCCAUGGGUUGGAGAUAGUGAAAGAUCUAACUCAAGCAAAGGAUGCCAAUUUACAAAAAAAGCAGGGCCUUGAUGAUUUGGCAUUGGUAUGGGGUGAUCAUUUUCAGAAUAAAACCAAUGAAGAUGAUGUAAUUGAAAAGCUAAGGCCUCACUCUAAGUUGAAAACACCGAGUAUUAGUGGGUAUGAAGGAAUGAAAUUUCCUAGUUGGCUUAGGGAUCCUUCAUUUGAUCAGUUAACAAAGCUUACAUUAAGGGAUUGUAAGAAAUGUACAGAAUUAGCAUCACUGGGGCAUUUGACUUCUCUUUGGGAGUUGGGAAUAUAUGAUUGUUCAAAGUUGGAAUCAAUUAAUGGAGAGAAAGAAGUGGUUAAUGAGGGGAGUAACAUCAUCAAAUCUCUUGGACAAGUGACUCUUCAUGGUUGUCAUUCACUUGAGAGUUACUCUUGUCCACCUAGUAUUGAGAGGUUGGUUAUAAAGUAUUGUAAUUCAAUGACAUCAUUGACGUUCUCUCAAUUGGAAGAGGUGGACUUCCCAUCAUCAUCAUCCUCCUCUAAUCUAAAGAUUCUUGAUGUUGGAAAUUGCGAGAAUAUAAAGUCAAUUGGAGAGAAGUAG